AUGACGGACCUGGGUCUGAAGCUGCCCACGCGCAACGUGCUCACUGGCGCCAUCGUCAACUGGGAGGAGGAUGAGGAACUAUCGACGCUCAGUGAUAACCCGGGAAAUCUUACUUUAGCGUGGAAGGAUCUCUCGGUGUAUAGGAGGAAGAAACAUCAGACCAGCAUCUGGUCUUCGCCAAUAUAUGAAGAAGUCAAAGUUUUACAUGGAGUUAGCGGCGUGCUGUCUUCCGGAAACUUAGUAGCUUUAAUGGGCUCCAGUGGAGCCGGCAAAACCACACUCCUAGCGGCAAUAAGUCGUCGUGACAAGAGUGCGAUGACAGGAUACCUGAUGCUGAACGGGAGACUGGCAGGGGCUGAUCUAAUAGCUAAGAUAUCCGGCUUCGUGCCUCAGGAAGACUUGGCUAUUGACGACCUUACUGUCACUGAACAUAUGGAAUUCAUGGCUCGCCUCAUGAUGGACAAGCGAUCAUCAUCAGCAAUGAGAACUAGAAGAAUCCAUCAGCUUCUUGAAGAGUUGGGGGUCGUAAACUGCAACAGGACUAAGCUGAAGGCACUCUCAGGAGGAGAGAGGAAGCGAGUCGCCUUGGCUGUACAGCUCCUAAACGACCCGCCCAUCCUCUUCUGCGACGAGCCAACCACCGGCCUCGACAGCUGGGCAGCCAACGCCGUAGUAGCGAGACUGCGAAGGCUGGCAGCCGGUGGGAAGCUGGUCAUAUGCUCGGUACACCAACCGGCUUCUGGAACGUUCGAAUUGUUCCAUCAAGUGGUCUUACUGGCUGCGGGACGAACCGCGUUUCAUGGAACGAUUGAACAGGCUGAUCACUUCUUUGCUUCGUUAGGCUUCAAAUGCCCCGUAGGCUUCAACGCAGCGGAAUACUACGUCUCUCUACUCGGCAUCCAACUUGACAAGGAGUUCGAAAGCCGGGAUCGCAUCCGGAAGAUUUGCGAUGAAUACCAAAGGUCUGACAUCGCGGCGGAUAUUGACGCUCAAGUCGGUGAUGUGACGGACGAGCAAGACUAUUUUAAUGGAACUUUAGAUGGAAAGAAUGAAUAUUUCGACAGAUACGUCACUCUAGUCAAAGUUAAUUAUUUCGUUCAGUUCUACUGGCUGAUGUGGAGGAACAUUCAAACAAUAAAACACAACAGUUCAAUAUGGAUAGCAGAAUUCGUACUACUCUUGUUCGUCGGCCUAAUAAUAUCCAUUCCCUACAUGGGCCACUUCGAGGAGCUGGACCAGCGCGACAUCCAAAACGUAGAGGGGCUGCUGUACCUCACCAUCACGGAGACCAUCUUCCUCUUCAUCUACGCCGUCUUCAUCACGUUCCCCAGUGAAGUGCCGAUCUUGCUGAGAGAAACUGCGAGUGGACUGUACUCACCGACGCCUUAUUAUCUUUCGAAAAUGAUAUUUUGGAUCCCCCGCGCUGUGAUUGAGCCAACACUCUUCGCGUCUCUGGUGUUCUUCGUGGCCGGGCUGCAUGGAGGGUUCAUGAGCUGGCUGGGCUUCUGCUUCGUGUGUGUUCUCUGUGCCAACUACGCCAACGCUUACGGUUCCUUCCUCUCAGCCGUAUUCGACAAAAUGGAAACAGCAGCUUUAGUCGCCGUGCCCUUCGAUUUAAUCGGCACCAUGUUCUCCGGUAUCUACCUCAACCUCGGCAGUGCUUCCCCCUACUUCUCAUGGCUUCGAUUCUUCUCUGGCUUUUACUAUGGAGUCGAAUCCAUCUCCAUCCUCCAAUGGGACUCGAUAGAGUCCAUUACCUGUGUCAACAUCCCCGGUAUGCCUUGCAUUAAAACUGGCCCGGAGGUCUUGAAUAGGUUCGGAUUUGAAGAAGUCAACUUUUGGAGGAACUGCGUAUGUUUGUGUGUGAUGUAUUGUAUAGCGCAUUUUAUAGCUUAUCUUAUGGUUAUUAAGAGGAGUAGGGGGACACCUGUGUACUAAUUUAAGUAUUUUUUAAUGUUUUCUCAUAAAAGUUGAUGUCUCUAGAAAAAAUCGUCG